AUGCACUUAUCCCUGCGUGCACGAUCGUGGCAUUUGCGCACGCACGCAGACGGCGACGAGACGGCCGUGGAUGCGCUGGGCACCCUGAAGCUGCUGCAGUACAGCAGCGACAGCCCAGUGUGGCCGACGCUGACUCAAAAGGACAACUUGAUCAUCCACGAGCUCAUCAAGGCCAAGCGCUGGGGCAUGGUCCUAAAAGCCGCACGUGAGGCACCUACUUGGAUAUGGCUUCGCGAUGCGGCGCGCGAUGGGCAUGUCCCCAUCUUGGUUCUCAUCCUGCAGCAGGACCCCCCAGCCGGCACCAUCACCGCGAUCGUCUCCGCCAUCGCGGCGGCCGCGAGGGCGCCGCACGACACCCCUGCCCGCGUACGCGAGGCCGUGCGGGCGGAGGCGCUCGUGGCUGGGCGGGAUGGCGUGUGCGCGCUGCUGCUGGCGGUGCAGCGGCGCGCGGGCGGCAUGGUGGAGGAGCUCCUGGCGCUCGGCGCCGACCCGCUCGUGCUGCGGCGCCCGCGGGGCGGCGGCAGCGGCGGUGGAAGCGGCGGAGGCGCGGCGAGGGCGACGACCCCGACCCACGAGGCGGUGGCUGCCGGGAUGGCCAACGCGGUCACGAAGAUGGCGGCGACGGACGCUUUCAAGAAGGCGGCCGACAGGUUUCUGGCAGACGCGUCGUCGGCCGCGGCGCGGGGCCAGGGCGGCUCGGCUUGGUACAACGGGGCCGGGGAGAGCGUGCUGCAUCUGGCCGUGCGUCUGCAGGCCCCCAAUAUGGCGCGCACGCUGCUGGGCGCCGUCGGGCUCGCGGGCGCGCUGCAGCUGACCGCGCCACCGGAGGCGCCGCGGGCCGCGGCGGCGGAGGCGGCGCUGCCGGGCGGGGACGGGCCAAAGUCGGCGCUGCUGAUGGCGGUUGAGAUCCAAGAUUUGGGCUCCGCCUGCAUGGACGGCUUCCUUCGCGCCUGCCUGGGGCAGUUUGUCGCUACCAAGCACCUGCCGACUGCCCUGCACCCAGACCUCCCUUUGGCAUCCCAGCGCCGCCUCGCCGCCUGGCUGGCCCGCCAGCCGGCCGCGCUGCAGCCGCUCCGCUCGGACCCGCGGCGCCGCGGCGUUUUUCUAGAGGCCUGCCUAGCUGAAGGCCGCGCCGCGGCCGUCGAGCUGCUGCUGAGCCCGGCGGGCGCCGGCGCGGCGGGGCCGCUCAAAGGGGACGCCGCCGCGCAGGCGCGCCUGCUCGCCGCGUCGGCGGCGGCGAAGGCGCCCGAAAUGCUGAGCGUCGUGCUGACGGCCGCGGGGGAGUCUCUGGAGCGGCCGUGCGCGGCGGGGCUGCAACUGCCGCACGGAGUGCUUGCCGCGCUGCAGGAGGAUGAGCUUCUGACGCUAGUGCGGCUGGGCUUCAGCGUGCACGCAAAGGACGCUUCGGGAACGCCUGUCGCGCACGCGAUCGCCGCCAGCCACCCGGCCGCGCUGGCCAAGCUCCUCGAUGCGAUGACGGACGAUGACGUCGCCCUGGUCGUGGAGGGGACGGACGACCUGUGGAAGCACAACCUGCUGCACGUCGCCGCGUCGCUGCCGGACAGGCAGCGCGGCGUGUUGCUGGGGCCGCUGGUCGCGGCGGCGGCGCGGCUGGGGCUCGUGGGCGCGUUCGCGGCCGUCAAUGGGAAGAGGCAGCCGCCGUCGGCAGUGACCAAGAACAAGCGCGUGAAGGAAACACUGAAGCAGGGGGAGGUUCAGGCCCGCAAAGCGGCUGCAGAGCGGGCUCGCGCCGCGAAGGCGGCGCGCGCGGCGGAGGAGGCGGCGCGGCGGCGGCUCGAAGCCAGCGCUGGCGGCGGGGGCGGCCAGGAGGGGGCGGGGGACGCCGGCGAGAGGGCAGACGGCGACACAAAGGGCGGUCAGCAGGAGGCAGGCGUGCAGGACAGCUGCACAACUGCAAAGGAGGGGGCCGAGGAACAGGGGCCGCAGCCGUCGCAGCAGCAGGAACAGCAGCAGCAGCAGGAGCAGCAGCGGCCGGUCGUCCCGGCCGCGGCUCCACCCGAGACCGAGAAGCAGCGCGCCGCGCGCGUCUCCGCCCUGCUCGAUCGCCUAAACGAAGCCCUCGACGCCGCCGCGGACCGCCAGGAUGCGGCGCAGCAGCGCGCCGCGGCCGCGGCCGGCAGCGCCGCCGCGCGCGCGGACGCUGCGCUGCGGCGCCGGAUGGCGGGUCUCGCGCCUGCGCGGCCGGCGGACAAGGACGCGCCGCUCGGCGGCGAGGCCACGGCGGCGGCGGCGGAUGGCGGCGGCGCAGAGGGCGGCGGCGAGGAGGCGGACGGCGUCGACUCGGACGAUUCGGAAGACGAGGCUGCGUCAGCCGGGGGCGCCGCCGCGUCGGCAUCGCCUGCCAAACGGCCGUCGAGCGCGCCGCAGCAGCAGGGGGCCGCCGGGACGCCGGGCAGGAGGGCGGCAGCGGCAGCGGGCGGCGUAGGGGAUGAUGAGGAUGACGUGGAUGAGCUUUCGCUGGAGGGGCUGCCUUGGGAGGUCUGCGUCCCUGCCAGCGGCUUGACAGCGAAUUGGAGUGCCAGCCUGAUUCUAGUGUGA